AUCCAGCAGCACAGCAUUCGUCGACGCGCGCUCUGCGAUAACCAGAAGCUCGCGCUAGCUAGCGUGCACUCCGGCUGUGGAGAAUCACAGAAACCUCGCAUACGUAGCCGUCUUCCCGACCAUGCCGGCCUUCGCCGAGAUCGCCGUCGACCCGCCUCUGGCCGACAGCUACCGCGCGCUGCUUCGCAGCGAAGGCGGCGGCAUUGCGCCGGCGGCGCCGUCCGAGAUCAGCUCGGCCGUGCUGGAGCGCGUCGACCUGCCCACGAUCGACCUGGGGCGGCUGACGAGCGGCGGCGCGAGGGAGAGGAAGGCGUGCGCGGACGCCAUGGCGAGGGCGGCCUCGGAGUGGGGCUUCUUCCAGCUGACCAACCACGGCGUGAGCCGGGAGCUGCUGGAGGAGAUGAGGAGGGAGCAGGCGAGGCUGUUCCGCCUGCCGUUCGAAACCAAGGAGAAGGCCGGCCUGCUUAACGGCUCCUACCGGUGGGGCAACCCCACCGCAACGUCGCUCCGCCACCUCUCGUGGUCGGAGGCGUUCCACGUCCCGCUCGCCAGCAUCUCCGAGGAGGGCUGCGACUUCGGAGAGCUCAACUCCUUAAGGGGCGUGAUGCAGGAGGUGGCCGAAGCGAUGUCGCGGGUAGCGAACACGGUGGCAGCGACGCUGGCGGAGAAGCUGACCGGGCACGGCGACGGGGCACCGGCGUGGUUCCCGGCGGGGUGCGACGAGACGACGUGCUUCCUGCGGCUCAAUAGGUACCCGGCGUGCCCGUUCGCGGCGGACACGUUCGGGCUGGUGCCGCACACGGACAGCGACUUCCUCACCGUCCUGUGCCAGGACCACGUCGGGGGCCUACACCUCAUGAAGGACUCCCGCUGGGUGGCCGUGAGGCCACGCCCCGACGCCCUCAUCGUCAACAUCGGUGAUCUGUUCCAGGCGUGGAGCAACAACAGGUACAAGAGCGUGGAGCACAAAGUUGUGGCCAACGCCAAGACGGACCGGCUAUCCGCCGCCUACUUCCUGUGCCCGUCCUACGACUCGCUCGUCGGGACGUGCGGCGAGCCGUCGCCAUACAGGGCCUUCACCUUCGGAGAGUACAGGAGGAAGGUACAGGAGGACGUCAAGACAACAGGGAAAAAAAUUGGCCUCCCAAACUUUCUCAAGCAUCCUCUAGUGCAAUAAUGACUCCCUCUGUGAUAGUAACGGCUUCGUUGUAUACUAUUUUUUACUUCGCGCUACCCAAAAUAUAGCUCUCUAAUACUGAAUAUAAUACUAACCGGUACUGUGAAUCUCAAUAAUCAUGUUUUAAUUCACAGCACUAGGUAGUGUCAUGUCCAAACUACGGCCUUCAUCCUAUAAAUUGGUUUUUUAGAUGGGGGAGUAGAUAGCUAUGUAUUGGAAUGGGUGGAGUGGUUAAUGCUUGAUGGAAACUCAAUCAUAUCCAUCUUACUGUAUUAGUGUGUGUGUGUGCGCGCGCCGUGUAAUGGGACCAGAGAAGGCUUCCGUGUCAUUUUAGUUUCUUUUUUUUAUUAAAAUUUGUAAUUGUCUAGUUACUUAUACAAUUAAACC